AGCACUGUCUAUUCCUUUUCCUGUGGACAUUAGCAGAAGCAUUCAGUUCCCUCCAUUCGACAAUUCCCCUUGAUAUCUGUGUAUUCCUGUCCCCUUUUCUUUUCCUCAUUAAACACCAAUUUUUAUUUUUUAAUAUAUAUAUAUAUAUAUAUAUAUGGGUGCGGGUGAAGGAAGCCAAUCGAAAUAUCGAGCAGGACGCCCGAGGGAGCUGCGCGUGUUUUAGUGACUAGUGUGCUCCCGUACUUCGGUGCUCGGGAAGGACAAGUUAUCAUACAACAAGGGUAACGCAGGGAGAAGCGAGGGUGUGGUCUUCUCUGCGCUGGUCCGGGGAAGAGAUUAUGGGGGGCAAAGUGUUGGUGUUGCCGCCAAAGAAGAAGCUCGGAGGGUUUCCUGUUUACCUUAACGUCUAUGAUCUCACCCCUAUUAAUGGCUAUGCCUAUUGGCUUGGCCUCGGUGUUUUCCAUUCUGGUGUUCAGGUUCAUGGGGUUGAAUAUGGAUUUGGAGCGCAUGAGCACGACACUACCGGCAUUUUUCUGGUAGAACCCAGACGCUGUCCCGGUUUCACUUUCAGAAAAUCCAUCCUCAUCGGAACAACGGACCUGGGCCCUAAAGAUGUUUCGGCUUUCAUGGACAAACUAGCUAACCGCUACUCUGGCAAUUCCUACCAUCUCAUCACUAAAAACUGCAACCACUUCUGUAACGAUGCUUGUCUCAGAUUAACGGCUAACUCUAUCCCACGUUGGGUCAAUCGACUUGCUCGCCUUGGAUUUCUCUGCAACUGCGUGCUCCCGCCCGAUCUACAAGAAGCAAAGAUUGACAAUUCACGGGGACGAGUGGGAUCCGAGAAGGAUAAAAUUAACAAGAAGCUACGCCGUGCCAACGGGUGCGAGGCUCCCCAGAUUAAAACAGAUGUUUCUGAUUAUUUCAGUAUUGAAUUUGAAGCGACCUGAGAAGAGCCAGGGGAAGCUAGCAACGUCUUUAACCUGCUGUGUAUCUUGUAUCUCUAGGCUGGCGACUUGCAAUAGCUGGCCGCUAUUGGAGGGAAUGAAUCGAUGAAUGCUGUGUCUCCGAUCUCUUUGUAAUCAAUUUUUUCCUUUACCUUGUUCCUUCAUUGUUGUGGAAAGGAAGUACUGCAUUGGUUCAAACUCUUUGUAAAAACGCAUUGCUGAUCAGUUAUUGAGAGAGGAUGGUCCAAAAUCCAAAUGAACAAGAAUCUAAUCUGUGGACCCACGCAACAUAAUCCUUACUAGAAGAGUGAAAUGUGAGACAGGAAGAGAAUCGGAGGGUAGCAAAGAAUCCAAAUUAGCAUGAAAUAAUAUAAGACGAGGGUCCCAUGCCAGAGGAUCUUUGGAGUCAUGGCCGCGCCUUGCACCCGUAGCAUCCAAACACUGGUUGUUUGUAUGUGAAGUCAGGCCACAGCGUAAAAGCCAUGAGAAUGAAAAAGAAUAUAGUACUCAUCACCAUUCUCGCUUUUAAUAGGGUGUGCAGACUAUUAUUAAUGUAACUUUAAUCCAUCGGGUGCUGCCAUAUUUCGCUCUUUUCUGCUUUUGCUACUUUAGCCUCACUGACCAAGGCAAAGUGUGCUCGGUGAUAAUGAGAAGAAAAGCGAACAUAGAGGUACAGCUUUCAUGUGUGAAGAGGAAGCGACGUCUGUUCAUUUCCCUCUAGUUGGGAGACAAGUCUGCUUAGCGUAGAAGCAUGACAUUACAAUUUACAAGUCUCGACUUUCCAUACCUGCUCCUCGGUGGAAGAGCCUAUGUAUAUUCCUUUCCCGCUCCCCCUUUUCUAAAAUUCUCAUACAGACUAAUAGUAAUUAGAAAAGUGGGUUCCCUGUUCUGUUUUGUGCUAAUAAGCUUCAUAAUACGACACCAGUAUCUUUCUGUUGUCACUUCCUAUAGCCAGCCAUGUAUACUGAUUUAUAAAAAGGCAAAAUUCAUCGACCCCUGAUUCAUUAUUAUGUGAGCCAUGGUCAUGGAGAUCCUAAAAAACAACCCCGUCACUCAACAAGAUGGUUAUUAGCCACUAAAAACGACCAACAGUAUCAGCAUAAAAGUUGAUAUU